CCGCCUUUCGUGACAACUAACAUGUCUGCCAUGUGAUCUGUUGUGUCAGUUUGUUGCUUAUUAUUCGUGUUUUUUUUGGUGUAUUUAGUUUUGUGUGACCGUAAAAUUUUGCAGAUAAUGUGCGAUCUACAGCCCACGCAAUCUCCCCCGUCUUCCAUGGUGUUGACUCCUCCCGACGAUAAUAUCAGGAUUCCGUGGGGAAGAUUGAUAUCCAGAAUGAACGAGAUGGACCCAGUUGAUUUAGUAUCGGAUGCCGUAAGCUUGGGUCGUGCGGAAUACUGUGACAUAGUCAUAGUAAAAAAUCGAUUUCCCGACCACAUUGUCUUCCAUAUCAGCAAGGAGCAUUUCGUGAUUAGCAAACAGGCAGGCGGUCCUGUUUUUAUCACUGAUCUGAGCAAAAAUGGCACCUUUAUUAACCGUCAAAAAGUCGGAAGGAACAAUAAGUACGUCCUCCAAAAUAACGAUAUCAUUUCCGUGGGUAUUAAGGAUAUGCUGAUUUACACUUACAAACAAAUGGAUAAUUUCGAGGAAAAAUACCUGCCUUUAGAACUGCAAAAGAAGUAUGAAGUCGGGGAGUUUUUGGGUAGAGGGGCUGUAGGGGAAGUUAGACUCGUAUAUGAGAAGACAACAACCAAAAAAUUUGCGGUGAAAAAAAUUACGAAAGGGAAAUUUAACACCUCCAGGUUGCACGAUUUAAAUCACCCCAGCAAAAUAUAUUCGGAAAUCAACAUUUUGCAGCAUCUUAAUCAUCCUUGUGUCAUUUCCAUGAGGGAAAUCGUUGAAACCGAGGAGGACGUUUUCAUAAUCUUGGAGUACAUGGAAGGAGGCGAAUUGACUAGCCGCAUCGAAAAAUUUCACUUGUCGGAACCGUUGGUGAAAUAUUAUUUUUACCAAAUGGUUCUUGCAGUGAAGCACCUUCACGACAACAACGUUACGCACAGGGACCUCAAGCCGGAAAACGUGCUGUUGUCCUCCAAUAGAAUGGACUGCCUGCUCAAAGUCUCCGACUUCGGCCUGAGCAAGGAAUCCGAGGACAACAUAAUGAGGACCAUGUGCGGAACCAUGUGCUACGUGGCGCCGGAGAUCAUAGACGACCGCUACAAAGAGUACGACAACCAGUGCGACAUAUGGAGUUUGGGGGUCAUUUUAUAUUACAUGAUGUCCAAGGAAUUCCCGUUCAAUUCCAGCGACAGGAGAUCUUUGGGGUUAUUGAUCUUGCGCGGGAAUUUUUCCAUGGUCGGUCCGAAAUGGCAGAACGCGAGUUAUCCGGUUAAGGAUUUGAUUAGAAGAAUGUUGACAGUUAAUCCAAAAGAAAGAAUAAAUUCGCGGCAGAUUCUCCAACAUCCUUGGAUUUCUAGGGACCAAGCAUUGCAGAUUAGAGUGAACGAUCUCAUCAAAAGUCACCAAAAGGUACCGGAUUUUGUCGAACCGGAUGUAGUCGAACCGGUUGUAGUCUCACCGGAUGUCUUCGACCCGGAACCGCACCCAAAGAGAUGCAGAGUCGACGGUAACGAUGAAACUGCGGAAAAUACAACUGCCACAAACACCGUAUCUCCUACACUUACUCCCCCACUACCGACCGCAACCAUAACAUCCCCUGCUACCCCCCCCACAUUCACCCCACCUCAAAUCCCCGAAAAGGUCGCCUCUGUCUGCCUGAGCGCCCCACUAACUCCCCCUCUUCCUCCUUUAACAGCCGCUCCCCCGAUCCCAGAGUCAGAUCUCGAAGGCUUGACCCUCACCCAAAUGCCUCAAUUGAUCUUGUCCCCAAAUGACCCCAAAGAGUAAGUAACAGUCCCUAGCUCAAUGCUCAAUUAUGUGCCAUAAUGUUAAUUUGUUCGUUUUUUUUUUUGUGAUAUUUUUGUAGCAAUGUACGAGACUUGAGUGAAACUUUUACCUCCCUGAACCUUUAAAAAUAUGUUAUUUAUUUAGAAGAAUGUUUUUUUUAUUUUUUUACAAGUUUAAAUGUUGAAUGCUGUGAAACAGUAUUUUUUUGUAUAUCACGUUACCUAUACUAAUAAGGUUUUUUUACUAGUGAUAGUGAUACUAUGACGUUUGUACAAGUACUAGUACAAACUAAAUCAAAAUUUACAAUUAGUAUUAAUAAUUAAUGUAUCCUCUACUUAUUAUUAUAUGUACCCUACAUAUUAUGUAGAUGAUUUUUUUUAUAUUUUGUAUAAUUACGUAUUUGUUUUGUUUAUGUUUAUACUCGUGACCUGGAAAAAUGUUGUACUAAUGGGCGCAAUUUACCAUAUAAAUGUUUGACUAUGUCCAUACAGACUAUUUUCUAUUUUUGUUAAUAAACUAUUUCGAGAA